GCACUGGGCAACGGGAUGAAGGAUGGGCCUUGUGCCCAGACCGUGAGGCGGGGUAGGCCGCAGGGGGCAACGCUGGCCCAGCUGCUUCACGCGUCUGCACGAGCCCGGCCUGCGGGACCGAUGCGGGGCAGAGCGGGGCAGAGCGGGGCAGAGCAGGGGAGGCCCCACCCCGGGGCGGUCCCGGGAGCCCGGGAGCGGAGCAGGAAGCGGGAGUCAGCGGUGGUGGCGGCGGCGGGGCCCGUGGGCUGGGAGUGGGGGUGUGGGGCCGGGGCCAUGGGGUGCCCCGGCCCCACGAGGAUCACCCUUGGGUGGCUGCUGCUGCUGCUGGUGUUGGCAGCAGGCGGGCACGGGGCCCUGGACGACACCGUGGCCUGCUCCAAGGGCCUCGCCUGCCGCCUGCUCGAUGCCGACGUGCUGUGCGGGAUGGAGCCCGUGGCGCUGGGCCCGGGGCUGGCGUUGCUGCGGCUGCGGCUGGAGCCGGCGCUGCGCUGCGUGGGGCAGGGCACCUGCUCGCCGUGCCUGCAGGCCCGCCUGCGCCUGGGCCUCGAGCCCGAGGAUGGUGAUGGUGACAUGGGGACAGCCGCCUCACCCCAGCGCAAUGUCACCGCGCUGCUGCUGCUCUCCGGCCAUGGGUACGCCUCCUCCCGCUGCGUGGCCAUGGAGGUCCGGGCAUCCUCUGUGCCGCCUGGCCGGCACCUGGGAUCGGUGCAGUUCCGCUGCUUCGAGGCACCGCUGGGCUCUGAGCUGCACAUCACCGCCUACAGCAACGCGCGCGGCCGCCGCCGGCUGAGCCAGAGGCAGCGGGUGCCAGACUGCUCAUGGCCUGCUGCACAGGCUGCCAUCCUGCAGUGCAAAGUGCCCAGGCUGCAGGUGUCCCUGGGGCUGACGGCGGUCCUGGUGGAGGUGCAGGUGGCCACAGUGGGGCUCAACUACACCCUGCGGCUCUACCACAACCACAACCACGGCACCGGCGGGUCAGGACGCGUGGUGACAGCAAGCGGGCCCAUGAACUACAGUGUGCCACUGGAGGAGGUGCUGCCCUGCCUCUGCCUGCAGGUUUGGCCAGAGAUCCAGGACCCGCUGCGGGCCACUUUGUGCCCCUUCUCCAAUGAUGCGGCGGCGUGGGAGCGGCUGUGGGUGCAGACCCAGCUGGUGCUGCAUGACGUGGGGCAGGCGCUCACCUGCUCCAUCUCCGCACCCUGUGACCUCCCAGCCGAGCUGGUGCCCUGCUGGAGCCCAGCACCUGCCGCGCUGUGCCAAGCCUUGCCCGGCCUGCAGCAGCCCAUCACCGGGCAGGGACCACAGGAGUUCCAAGCGCUGCAGCCACACCCCAAUCUCUGUGUGCAGGUGAGGAGCAGCGGGAAGGUCCGGCUGACACAGUGCCUGCGGGACCAUGAGCACCCAGGAGCGCUGUCUGGCCACACGGACGACAUCCUGUUGAUGGAGUCUGGGGGGAACGCAUCGCUCUGUGCCCUGCAGCAGGGCAACUGCACGCCGCUCGCCAGCUUCACCACCAUGCUGUACCACCCGCAGGGGGCUGGCCGCCCCGGUCUGCUGGAGCAGCAGCUGCAGGAGGAUGUGGCAUCAGGGCAGUGUGUGCAGCUCUGGCGUCAUGAAAAUGGCAGCGGGGUCACGCUAUGGGCUUGUCCCAUGCACAAGUACAUGCGUGCCCGCUGGGCACUGGCCUGGCUAGGGGUGCUGCUGUGUGCCGCCUGCAUCCUGCUACUGCUGCUGCUGAAGAAGGAGGACGUGAAGGGUUGGCUGAAGUCCCUGCGUGCUGGCUGUGGCUCUAAGGCCCCACUAAGGGGACGCCGCGCACUCCUCCUGCAUGCGGCCGAGCCGGUGGCAGAACGUGCAGCCUGCGUGUUGACGGCAGCCCUGCGCUCAGUGGGGAUGGCAGUGGUGGCUGCACCAGGCGGUGGCAGUGGGAUGGCGGCGUGGGGGCCACUGCCAUGGCUGCAUGCACUGCACCGGAGGGCACUGCGGGGUGGGGAUGCCAUCGUCCUCCUCCUGUCCCCGGCGGCUGAGGCUGCUGCCAGGCGGUGGGAGGAUGCGGCUGGGGGCGUGUCAAGGGCUGGGGACACUUCUGGUGGCCCCAGCCCCUUGCACGACCCCGGCCAUGAAGUGGAACCAUGUGAAGCCUUCGCUGCAGCCCUGUCCUGUGCCAUCCCAGUGUUGUCUGCAGGCACCGGGUGCUACGUGGUGGCCCGCUUGGAGCCCACGGUGACAUCAGUGCCCCAAGUGCUGCAAGCAGCCCCAGCCUUUGUGCUGCCCAGCGAGGCCGUGGGCUUCCUGCAGGCGCUGGCGGGGCGGCGUGCCUGCCGGCUGGAGCCCCACGCGGCAGCGGUGGCCGAGAGGCUGCGGAGGGCACUGAGGGAAUAAAGAGCGCUGCGGCCAGAA